AAUUCAAGUAAGGCGUUUGUGCUGCACACAUGGAAACGGAAACGUGGCUGUGUGAUCGAGCUUACACUACAGCGAAACAUAUUCAGCGUUACAGGCACACACACAGACAUUGAGCUCAUUGCUUUCACGUGGAGCCAUCUGGUGGAGGUAUUUAUUAUUCAGUAACUGUAGGCAGUUCCAAGGCCUGUCUCCCACUUAGCAAAUUCUCAAGACGAAUUCAUGUUUCUAUUUUUAGGAGCAUCCGAUAUUAAAGCUAGGGAAUGCAUUUCAAACGUACCGCAUUGCUGGUGGCAAAGAUGAGAUAAGGUUCUGCUAAUGUGCUGCUAUGAUGUACUUGUUGGCUGAAGCGUACGUAGCUGCAUGAGUAGUGUGCGCGAGCAGAACCUAUCGAGAAUAUUAAAUACAGUAGCUAGAAGGGCUGAGUUAUCUGCAGUAGCUCGAAUGCCCCGGGUCGUCACUGAAGACAGCCACGAUGCCGAUGCGCACAAACCUCAAGCAGCAGCUGAUGAAGGAGCAGGUGAUGCAGGAGGACCAGCGCCACGGCAACAACCAGCACUUCUUCCCGGCGUCUGCGCCCGCGGCCGGGUUCGCGUAUCAUCAGCCGUCGCAGAGCAUCCCGGUGAUCCCGGUGAACAGUCGUCCGCCGCCGGCCGCCGUGCCCGUCCAGAUGCUGCAGAUCGAGUCGAAGUUGGACAACCCGACCAAGUACCACCUGCAGGAGCAGCAGCGAUCGCUCAUCCGCAGCUGGUCCUCGCACGCCGACGGCGACCUCGUCGUCCAGUCGGUGCCCGGCGGCGGCGGAGGUCAGCAGGCGGCGGUGCCCGGAGGCACCCCGACGCAUGCAAUCAGCAGCAGCGUGCCCGGCCAGAGCCCCGACAGCCCGCUGUCCGCCGGUCAAGCGUCCGUGUCGACCACCUACUCCGAGGUGCCCUCGUCGACGUUGAUGGGCGACGCGUACAACCUGAGCCCGCCGUCGUCGUCAUGCCCCACGGACCUCGUUAUCAAGCAGGAGCCACUAGAGCUGUCCGACGGUCAGAUACGCGCCAUCCAGAAGGACCGGCAGAAGAAGGACAAUCACAACAAGAUCGAGCGAAAGCGGCGGUACAACAUCAACGAUCGUAUCAUGGAGCUCGGUCGUCUGCUUCCGCGCCCAAGCGAUCCGUUGAACAAGGGCAGCAUACUGAAGGCAUCCGUAGACUACAUGCGUGAGCUGAAGCAGGAGGUCAAUCGGCUGAAGGAGGUCGAACAGAAGCACAAGCAGACGGAGCAGCUCAACCGCAAGAUGACGCUCAUGCUGCAGCAACUGACGGUGCAGGCGCAGGACGCUGGAGUCAACGUCCCGCCCGUCAGCAUGGACCUGCUAGUGGCGCCCCCUUUGUCGCCGGCGCAGCCGCAGAUCAAGUCUGAGUCACGCGAGCAGAUGGCGCCGCCGUGCGUGAACGACGUCGACAUGGACGACAUCUACAUGCAGGACGUGAUGUCGGAGGCGCCCUCUACGUUCAUGGCGGCGGCGGUGGCGGUGGCGUCGCCGGCGGCCAUGCUCAGCCCCGAGAGUCAGGUGAUGUCGCCGCUCGACAUGGAGUUUGGCAUGGGCGUUCUCGACGAGUUCAACUUCCAGUUGUAACGCCAGGUGGCGCCGCCGUGCCGUGGCGCGCACCGCUAGGGAGCGCCACCUUUCUGGAACAGGGACGUCAUUGCACCAGAGGGCGUUGUCGUCGGGCAGCACAUGCGCCAGGAUGUACGGCGUAGCACCAGAGGGCGCCGUUCUCCGGCGGUGCGGACACGUUGCCUCGUGAGACUUAUCGUGGGUGCGUUGCACCGUGUUGCCGUUAUAGGGAGGCACUUGUCAAGCGCGGUUUUCCCGCGGGUACCGGCGGAUGUAAAUAGUGUUCAACGGAGGCGGAGUCACUCGCCAGGUGGCGCCCGUGGCAAUUAAUCGCCACACGGAGGCCCCUCGCCGGUGGAUUUGACAUUGUUUUCGCGACGCGACGGUUUCGUGUGUUGUCGUGACGAUGAAGCCGUGGUCAGUGCGUUGUGUCCAUUACAAGGCAUUGUACUCGUGUAUAUAGGUGGUUGUUAUAACACAGCGAGAUGCUGUACUCGCUCUGGACUGAUUCAAGUCGAUUCGUACGCUGAUGUCGUAGCGUUGCUAGUCAGAGAGCAAUGUGUGCGUCUGAGAUGAAAGAGAGAGAGAGAGAGAGAGAGA